AUCAACCUCGCCGAACUACCCGACCGACUCAAAGAAAGGCAAAUGAUAACUCUAACAAGUUGAAUGGUACCUCGUUAUAUGAAACAUUUAAAACUAUACAAUGCUUUUAAAUUAAGUUGGAUUAUACUUGACGAGUUCUUGGUUUACUGGCUUGUGGAAGUGAUCUUUUUAUUCCGUACCUACAGAAUUUAAUUUAGAACAAAAAGAAAGUGAUAAGUUUAUUAAUUGUAGAUAGUAUGUGCUAAAAGUGUAAAGAUGGAAGAAAAUAGCAAGAAAAGGAGCCGAAAAUCGAAGUUAGUGCCGCGGAGUUGCUCGGAUUCCGAUGAUGAGAAUAUCGCAGUUAUGCAGAAAGAAAUUGAGGAAACAUUGGUGCAAAUCAGGAAUAAAAACAUAUUGAAGAAGUUGAGCCAACCACCAGCACCCAAACCGCCGCAGCUCUCCAUCAAAGUAGAAGUCGAGGAAUUCAGUGAGCCGCGCGAACCUGACACUGAUUUAAAUAUAAGAAUCGAUUCCAUUAAAAGUCUUGCGGAACCAACCGCUCAACCCGUCCCUAGCACAAGCAAAGAGUCCCCCCUUCCCCACUUGACGUUAUCAGAUGAAAUUAUAAGACAAGAACUCGAGAAGCUAUCUCGCGAAACAACUACCCAGGCUGACAAACGGAUAGAAAUAAACGUGAGAAAUCUUAUAGGAAAAAAUAGGGUAGUCUCCCCAUACAGCCAUAUCGAUGAAAAAUUGCAGUCUAUAUUACGAAAGAAAUGGACGACUUGGCGCAACACGUUCCCUGCUAUACGAGAACCACCCGUCCUGUACAAAUGUGACAAAUGCAUCAAAGCCUGGUGGCAUCUGUACGACUUUAGGGAACAUCUCCUACACAAGCAUAAAGGAAAGAAAAGCAUGACGAUCCAGUUGCAAACUUUCUGCCACGAAUCCCACGUGAUAGCGUACGAGGCCAUCGGACCGGAAUUGAGAAAGGAAAAGCAUCGCGCCAAAUCUAACUGUUGGAGAUGUGGAGAAGGUGUGGACGCGCACAUGGACUUGAAAUGUGACAAAAGUUCUCGAUACAGAUGCGGUAGCUGUUUGGAGAAAUUUUAUACGUGUACUCUAUUGUUUAACCACAAGAGCAUCUGUCCGUUGUACAGAAAAUCUGCUUAUAUACAUGGGUUCGUUGAAGACUACCCGUGCACUCAAUGCCCCGUAAAGCUCGGCACGGAAAUGCAACUCUUGAAUCAUAUGGUAUUACGUCACAGCGUGAGGUCCGAUCUUCCCACCGACUGGGUGCUGAAGCCUUGCGCCAGCUGCAACUACGCGUACGCCUCGCCAACCUUGCACGACUGUCCGGCCAAAGCGCCGGUAGUAUCCUGCAAGUAUUGCUUACAAAAGUUUAACACGCACACAUAUCAUAUGAUGCAUUUGAAUUUCACGGAAGAAGAAUUCCCGUGCAGGGUAUGUGGUGUGCUUCUCACAAAACAGUGUAUGGAGCUGCAGCAUUUGAUGAGGCACACCAAUAACUAUACAGCAAUAUACAAAUGUAUUUAUUGUGUGGAACCAAAUUAUUUUCCUACUUUGUAUUUGGUCAACAAACAUAAAUUCAGCAUUCACAAAGGACAAUUUGAAAGCAAGAACCUAUUGACUUGUUAUGAUAUAGUAGUGGUUCCAAAAAGUUUGGCUGCAACUCUACCAGGUUUUAUAAAUUCAGCGCAUCAAAGAGAAUUGGAAAGUAUGAGUUCGACUGAGAAAAAUUUCGCCGAUGUCUGCGAUGGAAUUUAUCACAUCAUCACUAAGAACGGAAAGAGACGCAAAAGUAUUAUAACCACAGAUCAGCCUUCUAAAAGGCCAUCUGUUGAAAAAAGGAUGCCUAAUUGUUCAAGUGAAGAGGUCAUCGAUAUAACUCUGGCCGAUAGCUCACAAGAUGAGGAAUUAGACGUGGAAAUAAUUGAAAAUCCACAAGAAAAAAUUGUCAUUGACAUCACUGUACCCGAUAGCGCUCAAGAAAAUGAAGUUGUCAUGAGAAUUCCUAAACCUCAACAGGAUAAUGUCACUAAUAAUCCUCAAGGAAAUCUCAAUAGUGAAAAAUUGCCUGAAAAUUGCCAAGAAAAUGUAAUCGAUGAUAUAAAAGUGCCUCUUUAUUUAGAAGAUAUUAACAUUAACGUAAAAUUACCAAAUAAUACAGAUGCCAGUGGUGACAAUAGCCAAGAACAGUGCAAUGGUCACACAAUAGAUCGUACACAAGAAAAUGGGAAUAAUGAUGUUCCAGUACCUGGCAAUAGACAAGAAGGGGUCAAUCUUCACAUAAAUAUGUCUGAAUGCCUACAAAAAAGUGCAAAUCCUACGGAAAUGUCCACAGAUAUCAUCAAUAAUAUCCCACCGACUGAAAUCAAUCAAUUCGAUCAAUAUUUAGUGAUUAAGGAAGAAAUAAUAGAUUGUAAUGACACCACUGAUUUUACUCCACAAGAACCAGCAGAAAUUCAUGAAAUAAAAACUGAGAAUAGUGUGCAAGUUAAAGAAGAACCUUUAGACAUAGUUCAAAAAGAAGUUGUUCUUAUCAACCACAGUAACAUUAAUACGAAUAACUUAAGUUUUAACAAAACACCAAUAACACAAGCUGUUGAUGAUAAAUUGGGAACUCACGUUGUUAACGAUAAACUAGUCGUUCCUAAUUUAAAAACUUGUAAAAUGAAUAGUAAAUUAAAAAGUAAAGCUAUUAACGAUAAACUAGCCGUUCCUAAUUUAAAAACUUGCAAAAAGAAUAGUAAAUUAAAAAGUAAAGCUAUUAAAUUAGGAGUUAAAAUUGAUAGUAAGAAAUUGCAGAAUCAAAUUAAUAAUAAAUUGCGAGCUAAUAUGGAUUACGAAAAACUUAAAAACAAUAUUAAUUGUAAUCAAUUGAGAGCUACUAUUAACAAUAGUGACAAAUCUAAAACUAAUAAUAGUAAAUUAAAAGCUAACAUAGGCACAUUGAGAGAUGUUAUUGAAAAUGAUACACUGAAAACGAAUAGUGACAAAUUGAAGGCUCAUAUAAAUAAAGUGAGAAAUAGUGUUGAAAAUGAUACGUUGGAAACUAAUAGUGAUGAAUUAAAGGCUAGUAUAGACAAACUGAGAAAUAAUGUUGAAAAUAAUGCACUAAAAACUAGUAAUGACAAGUCAGAAGCUAAUAUCAAUAAAUUGAGAAAUGAUGUUAAAAAUGAUAAAUUGAAAACUAAUAAUGAUAAAUUGGGUGCCACCAAUGAUGAAUUGAUAAAUGAAAAAUUGAGAGAUGAUAACAUAAAGGAUUUUGAAACUAAGAUUGAUCAAUUUGUCAUACAAAUUAAACAAGAAGUGGAUCCUACAGAUAUAUGCGACAGUUUCGAAGUCACCGAAGAAGAAAUAAAUUUCCAAAUCAAAGAAGAGAAUCUGGAUGAGUAUAUUGAAGAUGAUUUGAUAAUAUUGGAUCCGAACAAUACUGUUACGAUGAAAUAUGAGAUGGAUCCUAUUGCUAACACACCGGGGACGUCAGAGGACGUAGAUAUACAGACGCUGCUGGCGCCAAUACGCCCUACAUUCAAAAAAGUGUAUCAAUGUAGAAAAUGCAACUUCCGGGGCCACCACCACGAAUACAAGAUUCAUUUAGAACAGGAGGAACAUUUCGCCAAGAGGAAGAAGCUCGGCUGUCUACGCAAGACCAAGACAGAGAACUGCAGAGAAGGGCUCAAGUACUUGUGCACCAAGUGUCACAACUCAUACCAGUCCAUCUACAAGUACAUUAUACACUUCCACAAGGUGCACGAGUACGCUCCGCAGACAUGCCCCAAGUGUUUCCAGCACGUCCUCACGAUCCAGUCCUUCCAACACCACGUACAGACUCAUAUCAGGGACAAUUUCGUGCACAUAUUCGUCAUCCAGAACAAGGAAGCGUACGACGAGAAGAAAACACACCAGUGUAAGGUUUGCUCGGAGAAAGUUACUCCAAAAACCUUCUUCUCACAUUGGGAGAGCCAUUUGGAAAUAUUGAAUGUGAAUGACAAGCCAAAGGAAAAUGUGCCAUUCUCACCCUCUAUGGAACAUAAGCAUGAAUUGAAAAAGAUGCUAUUGCUCCUACAAGGAAAACAUCCACCAGGAGGCCCGGAGGACAUACCAUACACCAAACUCCGGAACUGCAUCAAAUGUAAACGAAGAUUUGACCGCAAGAACGAGUGCAAGCGCCACUUCAUUGAGCAUCUCCUCCUGGACGCCUAUCAAGAGAAACACAAGUACGGCUAUCUCAGGUGCCAAAUAUGCUCCGAGGACUUCCAGACAAGUGACAAAUACAAAGGGCACAUGCGCGAGCACGGCAGCCUGCCCAUCUACAAGUGUGAGCUGUGCGACAAGACGUUCAGCGACUCCAGCAACUUCACCAAGCACAAGAAGGUGCACAACCUCUCCGUGGUCAUCUGCGACAUUUGCAAGAAGAAGUUCACUGCCAAGAUCUACCUCGAGAAGCAUAUCGUGACGCAUCAGCAGAUGAAGCCGCUAGUGUGUAAGGAGUGUGACAAGGUGUUCUACACGGAGUCCAGCUACCGGAAACACAUCAGCCGCGGCAAGACGCUCUUCAAGUGCCUUUCCUGCAACCUCUUCUUCUCCACCACCCGAGAGAAGUGGGACCACAUGUGGGAUGUAAGUAUUACACGGAGUCCAGCUAAAGGAAGCACAUCAGCCGCGGCAAGACGCUCUUCAAGUGCCUUUCCUGCAACCUCUUCUUCUCCACCACCCGAGAGAAGUGGGACCACAUGUGGGAUGUGCACAAGGAGAGGAAUGUUCAAGCGGACUGUCCGAUAUGCAAGAAAGCGUACCGCAAGCAACAGGACGUUAAGAAUCACCUUCGCACAGAACACGGACAACCCCGCUACCGAUACGUGGUGAAGCGGAAGCCACGGAAAUCAAGUGCAAAAAGAUCGAGGUGAACGCCAAAACAAAAAAAUCUCUCCGGCUAUUUUGAUGGUGUCAUCCGCCCAUUUUUAGGGUUCCGUACCUCAAAGCGAAAAACGGACUUCUUAUAGGAUCACUUUGUUAGCUGUCUAUCUAUCUGUCUGUCUAUCUGUCGUGUCUAUCAAGAAAACCUAUAGAGCACUUCCUGUACCCUUGACUUAGAAUAAUGAAAGGCAGGUAGGUAGGUCUUAUAGCACAAGUAACGGAAUAAAUCUGAGAACCGUGAAUUUGUGGUUAUAUCAUACAAAAAAAAGUUAAAAAGUGUUCACGAAAAAUUUAAUUCACUAAAUCACAUAUAGAUGGCGCAGACCGUUAUUAACUUGCUGAGUUCUAGAUAAAGGUGUUAGGUAUAUCUUGUACGAUGGUACGGAACUCUUCGCGUGCGAGUCCGACUCGAACUCGAUCGGUUUUUCCUGUCCCUCCACUCUGCUUUUGCAUACUAACACAGCAAUACAAUUAAAGACACACGCUGUACGUCAAUCACAUUGAGAAUUUUCGUCACUUCAAGGUCAUUGGCAUCGGUGGUAUAUAUUAGGCUCAAUUUUCAUUGAAAGGGAAUGGUAGCUUUCUAAAAUAUUAUAUACCAUAUUAACUUCUAUCUCGACCACGUAAAACACAAAUUUCUUGCCUAAAUGAAAAAAAAAACCAGAAUGCGCGCGAAUUCUCGGUAGAAAUUGGUGCUUUACAGUGUGGAGGUAGAAGUCAAUGUGCUAUGUAAUAUUUUAGAAAUUCGCUUUCAUUCCCUUUCAAUGUAAAUUAAGCCUAAGGCUGAGAUCUAUAGAGCGCACUUUGACUUUGCUCAGACUUAAGACACUGUUAAAACGAGACAGCGUUAUACCGCUGGCAUAAAUCUGUCUCGUUUUAACUGGAACUUGAGUCUGAGCAAAGUCAAAGUGCGUUCUAUACAUUUCAACCUUUCCAACAGCGGUUCGAUGUGCAUGGUCCCAUCAUAAGCGUUAUUUACAUUUCCUUAAUAUUGUUAUUUGUAGAUUAUAGCGAACGCGCCAAAAUUAUUUUUGAAGAUUUCUACUCUGGUGAACGUAUGAAUACUAAAAACGAAAAAUCUUGCUAGGUUUAUUCGGUAUAGUUAUAUAAAUCGGAGACUUUGUUGAGAAUUUGUAUAAAGUAUUCUGGUAUGUGAUACUUCUACUAUGGACCUUAUUUAGUAAGAUAAAUAACUCAUGCAUAACUAUGCUAUGUACAGUGUUAAAUUGUAUAUUCAAAAAAAAAACAGUGCCUGACUGUAUAAAUGGAUAUUUAUGUAUUUUUAAAUAAUAACGUGAUAAUAUUAAUUUUCAUCAGAAAAUACCGACGUGGUGGUACUGAUUCCCAGAAGUUUUUUUUUAGAUAGGUAACAGACAUAAAAUUAACAAUUUCCAUGACAUGUUUAAUUAUAUUACUUUAUUAUAUAUUAUACACUAACGUAUUAUUUUAAUUAAGUUUUUUUUUGUAGUUAUUUAAGUUUACAAUUAGGUUACAGACAUUUUAUUGAUUGCAUGAAUUUUCUUUUUAGUUUAUUGACUAUUAUUUUAAAACCCCAUCUGUUACUCUAAGCCUGAAAUAUAUAGAACGCACUUUGACUUUGCUUAGUUUUAAGACUGUUAAAACAAGACAGAUUUAUGCCAGCUAUAUAAUACUAUCUCGUUUUAACUGUGCCUCAAGUCUGAGCAAAGUCAAGGUGCUGUCUAUAGAUUUCAGCCUAAGAACCAACAAAAUGGGGAUGUUAUUACUCGGUCGCGCUAAGUUUGCACCUCGCUGGAAUGUGGUUCCUCUCCCACUUCCCCGCUCAUCUCCCCGCGGUCGUCUUGUUGCGUCAGUACGGUUCGCAUGUAUCGUACCUAAGCGUCAGUGUGACGUAAUUGACGGUAGGUGCAAACAGCAUGGCCGAGUAAUAAACUAUUAUUUGGUGUAGUUAUUUAGUAUCUACGUCAUAGGGUUAGGAUAAUAUAUGAUAUUGAAACAGAAGUUUGAGAAGGCGUCUAGAGCUCUAGACAGAGCUAUCGUCCGGCACAAAACAGCGACCCAAACUGGCCUACGUAGUUAGGACCCUUUGUUGAAGGGUCGUCGUGGUCGUCACUUACCACAAGAUCAAAGACGUCUGACUUCUGUGUCCAUCUUUAUACUGUGGCUGUUGUUUACAUUAUAAUAUUUUUCCUUUUACUUAGUUUGAGAUAUUAUGCUAGCCAUUGAUAAUUCCAUUCAAAUAAAAUUGACAUUGUGUGUUUCCAUGUAAGGUAUUAUUUUCGAUUUUGCACGUAAGAGAAUAAUAUUUACCACCUGUAACUUUUUGAAGAACGGAAGGAACGUUCUUGUUAAUAGGGAUGAUGAAUACUAGUCAAAUCAGCGACUUUUUAUCAAAAGUCAAUCGCUCAGUAUGGAGCUUGUUUGAAAUACACACAUGUGACGUCAUACACAUUUGACGUAUUUUUUUAGUUAAAUCGAUAAUUUAUACAAUGGCUGAAAACUUGCAGCGAAUGUGGGUUUUACAAAUUUUGGAAAACCCUCUAUUUGAUAAUAAUUACUAAAAAAAAAUAUUUUUGACUUGUAGGCAUCAUCCCCAUUGGACUAUGCGUUUUAAAUAACAUGACUGAUGCCUGUAAGAUGUCGAAUUAAUUUAAUUUAAUUUUACCAAAUUUUAGGAAUUAAAAUAUUGUUUGGUUGUAUGUAACUCUUCAGGAAAGAUAAACAAAUCGAACUUGAGAAAGAGAUUUCUGUUUCCUAGAGCGUCGUCAGUCGUCACUCAUAUCUAUAGCAGAGAAUACUUAGUGAUAUUUUGUCAGCCUCAACAACAGAGACAAUGCUCUACUCCACUUAUCCAUUAUCUCUUUCUGAAGCCCGAAGUGCGAAAGGGUACUGAGAUACUCAUCAUAGUAUUCGAUUUGUUUAUCGAUCCGAUUAUAUUUUAUUGUAUUAUCGUGGCUAAUUCUGCUGUACACAUUAAUCUCUGAACUAAAUUGGCAACUACUAUUCUAUUACAAUACAUUUUUAGCUUAUACUUUAGACUUUAGAGAUUGUGCAGGACCACAGAAAUCCUGUUAAUAAGACAGAAUUUCUGUGUUUAUGACAGAAUUAGCCACUUGCUAUUUUUCUUUAAAAAUAAAAACAGGUAUGUACCUAAAACAAAUCAAGCAAACAUUUUUAUAUGUAGGUAUGUUACGAAGUACAUACCUUGCUAUUUAUCAUGUUAGUUUAAAGGGAUACUAAGCUAUUAUGUUUUUCGAAUAUUAAUGUUGCGUUUAAAUAAAUUGUAACUAUUUGUAAAAAAAG